UCGGGGAGCAAGAGCCCCGCGCGCAGCCGGCGCGGGCUCGGUCAUCGGCGCGCCGCCGCCCGGGGCUGGGCUCUGGGCUGCCUGUGGAGAGGCGGCGGGCGGGACGCGCGCGGCCACGGCCACGGCCACCGCCACCGCCACGGCCACGGCCGGCAGCUCGGGUCCUGGGUCCCGGGCAGGGGAAGGCGAGAGGCGGCGAGCUCAGCCACCGGAACCGAGGGAAGAUUUUGGCUCCGCGGGCUCGCCCUCAGCUCCCUCUGACAGCGGCGCCAGACGCCGAGUGGGGCCAGGGACAGGGGAGGAGGACCCAGGAUCCUGUGCCCGCGCCCCUGGAGCCGCUGGAGUUCGGACUUCUGCAACUGUUGGCACUUUGGGGGCUUGGCUCAGUGCUCUGCUGUUUACCCUUCCCUCCUGGCUGCCUCGGAAUCAAAGCUCCCGGCCCCCACCGCCCUCGUGCGCCCACCCACCGCCGCUGGGGAGCGGCCCGGCGCGCACUCAGCACCAUGAGGAGACUUGGGACUUGCCUGGCGACUUUGGCCGGACUUUUGCUAACUGCGGCGGGCGAGACCUUCUCAGGUGGCUGCCUCUUUGAUGAGCCAUAUAGCACAUGUGGAUAUAGUCAAUCUGAAGAUGAUGACUUCAAUUGGGAGCAAGUGAACACCUUGACGAAACCGACUUCUGAUCCAUGGAUGCCAUCAGGUUCUUUCAUGCUGGUGAAUGCCUCUGGGAGACCUGAGGGGCAGAGAGCCCACCUGCUCUUACCCCAGCUUAAAGAAAAUGACACCCACUGCAUCGACUUUCACUAUUUUGUGUCCAGCAAGAGUAAUUCUCCUCCGGGUUUGCUCAAUGUCUACGUGAAGGUCAAUAACGGGCCACUGGGGAACCCUAUCUGGAAUAUAUCUGGAGACCUAACACGUACAUGGAACAGGGCCGAACUGGCCAUUAGUACUUUCUGGCCUAACUUCUAUCAGGUGAUUUUUGAAGUGAUAACUUCUGGACAUCAAGGCUAUCUCGCUAUCGAUGAGGUGAAGGUGUUAGGACAUCCGUGUACCAGGACUCCUCACUUCCUGCGGAUUCAGAAUGUGGAAGUUAACGCCGGCCAAUUUGCUACCUUCCAGUGCAGUGCCAUCGGCAGGACCGUGGCAGGAGACAGGCUCUGGUUACAGGGCAUUGAUGUGCGAGAUGCUCCUCUGAAGGAAAUCAAGGUGACCAGCUCCCGACGCUUCAUUGCUUCAUUUAAUGUUGUGAAUACCACCAAACGAGAUGCCGGGAAGUACCGCUGCAUGAUUCGCACCGAAGGAGGUGUUGGAGUAUCAAACUAUGCAGAGUUGGUAGUUAAAGAACCACCUGUUCCUAUUGCCCCACCUCAGCUCGCGUCUGUAGGAGCCACAUACCUGUGGAUACAGCUCAACGCCAACUCCAUCAAUGGCGAUGGGCCCAUUGUGGCCCGAGAGGUGGAGUACUGCACGGCCAGUGGGAGCUGGAAUGACCGGCAGCCAGUCGAUUCCACGAGCUAUAAAAUUGGACACCUUGACCCAGAUACAGAAUAUGAGAUUAGUGUGCUUCUGACGAGGCCAGGGGAGGGUGGCACUGGCUCUCCUGGGCCAGCUCUCAGGACGAGAACAAAGUGUGCUGAUCCCAUGCGAGGCCCAAGAAAACUGGAAGUAGUGGAGGUCAAAUCUCGGCAAAUCACUAUCCGCUGGGAGCCAUUUGGAUAUAAUGUAACUCGUUGCCACAGUUAUAAUCUCACUGUCCACUACUGUUACCAAGUUGGAGGACAAGAACAAGUGCGAGAAGAAGUAAGCUGGGAUACAGAAAACUCACACCCUCAACACACGAUCACUAACCUGUCACCAUACACCAAUGUCAGUGUGAAACUGAUCCUCAUGAACCCAGAGGGCCGGAAGGAAAGCCAAGAGCUCAUAGUGCAGACAGAUGAAGACCUCCCAGGUGCUGUUCCCACUGAAUCCAUACAAGGAAGUGCCUUUGAAGAGAAGAUAUUUCUUCAGUGGAGAGAACCAACUCAAACAUAUGGUGUAAUCACUUUAUAUGAGAUCACCUACAAAGCAGUCAGUUCCUUUGACCCAGAAAUAGAUUUAUCCAAUCAGAGUGGAAGAGUUUCAAAGCUGGGAAACGAAACCCAUUUUCUGUUUUUUGGACUGUAUCCGGGAACCACAUACUCCUUUACCAUCCGAGCUAGCACAGCUAAGGGUUUUGGGCCUCCAGCAACAAACCAGUUCACCACCAAAAUAUCAGCACCCUCUAUGCCAGCUUAUGAAUUUGAGACACCUUUGAAUCAAACUGACAAUACCGUGACAGUCAUGCUGAAACCUGCCCACAGCAGAGGAGCACCUGUCAGUGUCUAUCAAAUAGUUGUUGAGGAAGAACGUCCUCGAAGAGCUAAAAAGACAACAGAAAUCUUAAAGUGCUACCCAGUGCCAAUUCACUUCCAGAAUGCUUCUCUGCUGAACUCGCAGUACUACUUUGCUGCAGAAUUUCCUGCAGACAGCCUCCAAGCUGCGCAGCCUUUUACCAUUGGUGAUAAUAAGACAUACAAUGGAUACUGGAACACCCCCCUUCUCCCCCAUAAAAGCUACAGAAUUUAUUUCCAAGCUGCUAGUAGAGCCAAUGGGGAAACCAAAAUAGACUGUGUCCAAGUGGCCACAAAAGCUGCGAUAAUCGUGACUCAGCUUACAACACCUUACAUUCGCAUCGCCCCCGCUGCAGGCGACGGCCAACUAACAGGAGCUGCCACUCCGAAACCAGUCCCAGAGCCCGAGAAACAGACAGAUCAUACAGUUAAAAUUGCUGGAGUCAUUGCGGGCAUCCUGCUGUUCGUUAUUAUAUUUCUUGGAGUUGUGUUGGUAGUGAAGAAAAGGAAACUGGCCAAGAAGCGGAAAGAGACCAUGAGCAGCACCCGACAGGAAAUGACUGUGAUGGUGAACUCAAUGGACAAGAGCUAUGCCGAGCAGGGCACAAACUGCGACGAGGCGUUCUCAUUCAUGGACACGCACAAUCUGAAUGGGAGAUCUGUGUCUUCACCAUCGUCCUUCACAAUGAAAACAAAUACACUGAGCACAUCGGUGCCUAAUUCCUAUUACCCAGAUGAAACCCACACGAUGGCCAGCGAUACCAGCAGCCUGGUGCAGUCCCAUACUUACAAGAAGCGGGAGCCGGCCGACGUGCCCUAUCAGACCGGGCAGCUCCACCCCGCCAUCCGGGUGGCAGACCUCCUUCAGCACAUCACACAGAUGAAGUGUGCCGAGGGCUACGGCUUCAAGGAGGAAUACGAGAGCUUCUUUGAAGGGCAGUCUGCACCAUGGGACUCGGCUAAGAAAGAUGAGAACAGAAUGAAGAACAGAUACGGGAAUAUCAUUGCAUACGAUCAUUCCCGAGUGAGGCUGCAGACAAUAGAAGGAGACACAAACUCAGACUAUAUCAAUGGCAAUUAUAUCGAUGGUUAUCAUCGACCCAAUCAUUACAUUGCUACCCAAGGGCCAAUGCAGGAGACCAUCUAUGACUUCUGGAGGAUGGUGUGGCACGAAAACACUGCAAGCAUCAUCAUGGUGACCAAUCUUGUGGAAGUGGGAAGGGUCAAAUGCUGCAAAUACUGGCCAGAUGACACAGAGAUAUAUAAAGACAUUAAAGUUACCCUAAUAGAAACAGAACUACUGGCAGAAUAUGUGAUAAGAACAUUUGCUGUUGAAAAGAGAGGUGUGCAUGAAAUCCGAGAGAUCAGGCAGUUUCACUUCACUGGCUGGCCAGAUCAUGGGGUCCCCUACCAUGCCACCGGCCUGCUGGGAUUCGUGCGGCAAGUCAAGUCCAAGAGCCCACCCAAUGCAGGUCCACUGGUGGUGCACUGCAGUGCUGGUGCAGGGAGGACUGGCUGUUUCAUCGUCAUUGAUAUCAUGUUGGACAUGGCUGAAAGGGAAGGGGUCGUCGACAUCUACAACUGCGUCAGGGAGCUGCGGUCACGGAGGGUGAACAUGGUGCAAACAGAGGAGCAGUAUGUGUUUAUCCACGAUGCGAUCCUGGAAGCCUGUCUUUGCGGGGACACCUCCGUGCCUGCUUCCCAAGUUAGGUCUCUGUAUUAUGACAUGAACAAACUGGAUCCACAGACAAACUCGAGCCAGAUUAAAGAGGAAUUCCGGACCCUAAACAUGGUGACGCCAACGCUGCGAGUGGAGGACUGCAGCAUCGCGCUGUUGCCCCGGAACCAUGAGAAAAACCGGUGCAUGGACAUCCUGCCCCCGGACCGCUGCCUGCCCUUCCUCAUCACCAUCGACGGGGAGAGCAGCAACUACAUCAACGCUGCCCUCAUGGACAGCUAUAAACAGCCUUCAGCUUUUAUAGUCACCCAGCAUCCUUUGCCAAACACAGUGAAAGACUUUUGGAGACUGGUCCUGGAUUAUCACUGCACAUCCGUAGUUAUGCUAAAUGAUGUGGAUCCUGCCCAGUUGUGUCCACAGUACUGGCCAGAAAACGGAGUGCACAGACACGGCCCCAUCCAGGUGGAGUUUGUCUCUGCUGACCUAGAAGAGGACAUCAUCAGCAGGAUAUUCCGUAUUUACAAUGCAGCCAGACCCCAAGACGGAUAUCGGAUGGUGCAGCAAUUCCAGUUCCUGGGCUGGCCGAUGUACAGGGACACACCCGUGUCCAAGCGCUCCUUCUUGAAGCUCAUUCGCCAGGUGGACAAAUGGCAAGAGGAGUACAACGGCGGGGAAGGCCGCACGGUUGUGCACUGCUUGAACGGGGGAGGCCGCAGUGGGACAUUCUGCGCCAUCAGCAUCGUGUGUGAGAUGCUCCGGCACCAGAGAACCGUGGAUGUCUUCCACGCUGUGAAGACACUGAGGAACAACAAGCCCAACAUGGUCGACCUCCUGGAUCAGUACAAGUUCUGCUACGAGGUGGCCCUGGAAUACUUGAAUUCUGGCUGAUGGCGUAAACAGCUCUGCAAACAAUCCCUUUCAUAUCACAAAGCCAAGACGUUCCAUGGUGUUUGUGCAGAAGAGAUGAAGACUUCUCAAUAUGCUUAUUUUGCUUUGCAUAAUUGGCUCUUUUUAAGAGCCCAGGAAAGUGUUUCUAAAACUGCUUGCACUGCCCAAUCCCAGUAAUGCUGCUGCCCGACAGAAACACACACAGCCACAGUCGCCAGAUCCCAUCCUCCUUGCCACCGGCUUCCUAGAGCAGCAUAGACGUCUGGUAAACUGAAGAGCACAACUAUAUUCUUAUGAAGGAAUUUGUACUUUUGGGGUAUUAUUUUGUGGCCCGUGACCCUUGUUGUUGUUACAGCUGAGUGUUUGUUUCUGUUCUGUGGAGAAUGCUGUCUGGCAUUAUGAUAAUAUAUUAUUUUAGGUAAUAUUUGUACUUUAACAUGUUGCAUACUAUAUGCUUAUGUAGCUUUCCAGGACUAACAGAUAAAUGUGUAAUGAACAAAGACCUGUUGUAUGAGUCGUUGUUUCUAUCAGAUUUGUAUUGUUUCCAAGGGAAAAGCUUGGGGGAGGACUCAGUUCACAAAAUGCAAGACUCGACGAUCGGAUUCACGGACCUAGAGCUUUUCCAUGUGUUUAUAUUGUAAAUAUUUUUGAUUUCAUCAAAUUAUUUAUUCAUUAAAAGAAAUUUUUGUGAAGCA